AUCUCCCAGACGUAUUGCCUCGUAGCAAGUGAGCAGCUUGCUGGGAACGUUCUGGAUGAUGACGUCCUGCAGUCCUACGCCACAGCAUUGCAGCAUGCUGAGAAGGCUGGCAAUCUUAAGCUCCAGGCUUCCAUACUGAAGAGUCAGGCGGACACAUUGGACAAAUUUGGUCACGCUGACGCAGCUGCAAAGUUGCAUCAUCGCCAUCAAGAAAUAUCUGCUGACUUGGAAUCCAGUAGCGAUGACUCAUCUAAUGCAGCCAACGAUGAGGAGUCCAGUGAACUGUGUCUCUCAGACAGCAGCGAGAGUGAAGAGGGUGCUGCACAAGUACUGCCCAGACGCCAACAACCCAGGGUGCAGCUGACCAAGCUCGACAAGAAGAACUGCCGAGGUGAAACUAAACUCCACGAGGCGACGAUAAAUGGCAACUUCAAACUUGUGAAGAGCUUUAUCCAGCAAGGUGCAAAUGUCAAUACUCGUGACUAUUGUGGAUGGACGCCACUGCAUGAAGCCUGCAACUGGGGACAUACUGCUGUUGCGGAAUUGCUUUUAGAGAACAAAGCCAAUGUGAACGAUGUUGCAAGUGAGAAAGAAGUGACAACACCACUGCAUGAUGCUCUGAGAAAUGGCCAUCACGACAUUGCCUUAUUACUGUUGAAGUUCAAUGCUGAUGUGGCCGUCACUAAUGCAAAGGGCCACACUGCACUUGACAUAUUUGUUAAUGUGGCAACGGAAGAGGAGGGUGAGGACCGAAGCAAGUGGCCAGCUGAGUGUCAGCAAGUCUAUGGAUGCCUUGUCAAGGCAGGUGCACAGCAUCGGAAAGGAUUUUCUGUUCAGGAAGCGCCACCUCGUCGAGCAGCCCAUCCAAACCAGCCAACGAAACCAGUGCAACAUAGGACACGGCCAACAAGAGAGGCAACCACCGUAGCAAGACAUCAACACGAUGUUACAGCGGCCAGUGAGAAGACCCGGGAAUCAUCAAAUAUGCGUGCUACCGGUCUUUGUGGUGUUGGGAAUUCCGGCAAUGCUGCUGGUGGUGCUCGAAAAGCUAACGACAAUGCAAGGAGGCCAUCCAGUGAAAUGGUAGCAGCAUUGAUGAGGGAAAGGUCGGCAGCUGGUAUAAAGAAAGCUUCUACUAAUGGUGGUGUACUGGCGGCUCCCUUGCAGUCGAGUGGCUCGACAAGCUCUUUGUCUGACACUGAUUGUGUUGCAGCAUCACUGCAUGUACCUAUAUCUGGCAUGGAUGAGUUUUCCAGCUUACAACCUGUUGUGCAGACCGUGUUGAGUAGUGACACGGAGGCUAUGAGCAGUGGCAAUGACUUUGAUGUUCCUUCUCUGCCACCGCUUGUCUCCAGUGGAUCACGUAGUGAGUUUAGUGCAUUACCUCCUUCUCCGGAGGGAAUUCCCCUAUUGGCACGGAAUCACUCACAACCAGCACAGCCAAGAAGAUUGCGCGGUGUUGAUGUGAGCAGCUCUGAUAGCGAUGAUAGUCUUGCUUCAUCUCCCGUACAUCCCAGCCGAAAACGCAAGCGUCCCUACGAGAGGUUAGCACGGUCGUCUUCAGCAGCAGUAGCUGUGUCUACAGGCGGUGGCGGCAUGUCCUCGGUGACUUCCUCUCCUGGUGUUCUCGUUGAUGAGAACGAUCUUGCCUUCGUACCUGGCAAUGAUGCCUGGUUAAUUGAUGACCUGGCACCGACGCGGCACACUGCUGCUGCUUCUGCUGCUGCAGGGAGUGGUAAACUCCGUACUACGCGAGCCCCUCCUCGUUCCCGCGUACAGCGCAGCACUGCUUCUCGCUCUGGCCCAUCAAGCACGAGCACAUCCACUACACAGUCAGCUGCUAGACUACAUCAUGAACAUGGCCAUGGUGCUCUGUCAGUGGCUGAUGCACUGCUGGACAUUGGCAGCAGCAGCAGCAGCGGCUGUAGUGAUGAAGAAAUGCGUGUAGCUAAUGAUCAUCACCCUACUGAUCAUCACCCGAUGGGGACGCAUCAUUUGUCCAGCUCCAGAGACUCACUUCGUAUGGAUAUUGCACAUGCGCCAGUCGCGGUUCGCACCAAUGCUAAUUCUACAGCAGCUCUGCGAGUAAAGGUCAAGGUUGACCAGUUUGUGUACUUAAUCUCCUGCCCGCGCUUGAUUGGCGGCGGCAUUGAAGAAGCAACAGUGUGCUGGCUUGCUGAGCAGGCUGCAUCACGCUACAUGACAUCCACUGGACUGAAGGGUACGAUAGAACUGUGCAUGCCGGAUGGUGCGCUGCUCGAUCCCAAGGACAGCAUAGCCAGUCUUCUCACUGAUGGUGACACUGUACAUUCGCACAUCUCCUCUGUGUCUGCACAGCCCAUUGAGCAGCGGUAUGCGGAUACAUGCUCUGCCAACAAUGCAGAUUGCCACGAUGUGGUACUGUCCAAACUGAAAUCAUCCAGUACCUACGGAGGUAACCCGACCAGACUCUGUUUUGCUGAUUGCGCCUUGCCAACGGCGCAGGUCGAGUUUUUGUUCCAGUCGCUACGUGGCACUAGCAGUCUGGCGCACUUAGAUCUUUCUGGAAUUGGGCUUGGCGAUGCCGGUGUGUUUGCACUCUGCCAGCACCUAUCCUAUCUUCCUGGUCUUCUUCAUCUGGACGUUGGUUCGAAUGCGCUCACAACUGCUGCUCUGGCGGAAAUGGCACAAAGCAUAGGCAAGUGUAACCAGAUGAGUGCCAGCAGCUACACUACCUCCUCUGCUCCAAGCCAGCAGUCUAUCACCUCAUCAUCAUCGUCAGCGUUGUCCCAGCCCUGUGCUUUAGAGAGCCUGCACCUUGGCUUCAAUGUGUUCUGUUCAUCCAGUGGCCGUGUUCUCUCGCCCCUUCUGUCCAAGCUGCACCUUCACACACUGUGUCUCUCGGGAAGCUUUGUGUGUCCGCUAGUUCAGCCAUCGCUAUUUAACUGGUUUGGUUGUAGACAUCCACUAGUGAAGCUGGACCUCGGCCAUAAUUCCUUGUCGGUGGCAGACUUAGAAUGCCUGAUGAGUUCCAUUGUACAUGACAGCAUGGAGGACCUUAGCCUGGUAGCGUCCAUUACACCAUCUAUACCGGGCUGUGUUGGCAUGCUUUUUGCAUCCUACUUGGCAAAGCCAGGAUGUGCACUCCGCUCGCUGCACCUUGCAUCAUGCUCACUAUCCAACGACGACAUACAGCUAAUGAUGCGACCGGUCAACCAAUUGCGAGAACUUGAUCUGUCAGCUAAUCUCAUCUCUUGGCAAGCAAGGGAGUCACUGGAAAGAUGUGUCUUAUCAAGCACUCUGAGGUGGUUGUCGCUGGCAGGCAAUGGUAUGCUUGGGACGAGUACAUGCACUGCCUUAGCUCUGCUAGCAUUGCAGCAGCCUAUCCCUGCCACUGGCCCAGCCCUGCAGCUGGAUAUGUCAUCAUGCGGAGUUGCUUCGCCGCUCUCGUUCAGUCUGCUUUCACUUUCCACUGAUAGUGAUAGUCACCUUGUGUCCGCACACUCAGCUGCUACCGCUACCGCUGCUGCUGCUGCUCGGGGUCUUCCCCUGACAUCGCAGGUUGGCGGCGGACUCGGCCAACUGCGACUCUGUCACAAUGCCAUCGACACAGCUGAUAAAUCCAGCCUCGUACAGAGCUGGAAGAGACUAAAGCACCGUCACGCUGUAUUCUCUGUUGGAGGUGAGCUAUGUUACCUGGCAACAGCCAAUGACUAGUUUCCCUACUGCCCUGUUUUUAGUAGUUUUUAACCGAUGAGUUUAGAAACUUUGUAGGUUACCUAUUCCAAUUAUUUAGACACUAGGCAUGUGGUUUGGAAGCUAUUUUGAAAUGCUGUCUUUGCCGCACCUCCUGCACAACUAGCUAUUAGACUGCUUCUUCGUUAGGCUGGAGAAGUCCAUGACUACGUUGGUUGGUGGUAUAUUUUACUUACUCAUUUUGCGGUACAUGGCUGCUGCUGCUGCUACAGUGCAGAAUGUCUCAUUGCUCUAGUAUUGUGUGUGUGAGGCUGUUUAUUGUUGAAACAUAUUUUAUAAGUUA